GAAGUCAAUAAUAAACCAACCAGGACAAAAACAUUUUAACCUCACAAGGCAGAUUAGGAAAAAUCGAGAAUAAAAUAUGGGAGCAGAUUUAAUCAUCAAUUCCUAAUAAAUGUCAGGACUGUUUUCAUCCCGAGUCCCCAGGAUCACAUUGAUUGUAAAAAAGGUCUUUUCAUCACUCUCGUUAUCUUCCUUCCUGGCUUUCUGUGUGCCAGACGAAAAUUCGGCCAUGGACAUCGGCGGUUUGGAGACGGUGGUGGCGAACUCGGCCUACGUUUCGGCUCGUGGAAGUGUGGACGGAGCGGCGGCGGCGUCCAUGCGCGACAAGAAGAUGCGUGCCAGGCUGAAGCUCCCGCACAUCAGAGAUUGCGAACACAUGAAAACCACUGUGGACGCCGCCUUCGACAGCCUGUGCGUCAAACAGCCCAUCGGCAAGCGCCUCUUCCAACAGUUUCUGGAGAGUGAGCCGAACCACCGGAACGCCGCGGAGCUGUGGAAGGACAUCGAGGCCUACACCGUAUGUCAGGAAACAGAGAGAGCGCAGAAGGCUCAAAACAUGGUCAAUAAGUACUACAAGUCAGCUUCCAAGAACUUCUGCGGCUUCUUGGAAGAGAAGGCCGUCGCCCGGGUUGUCGAAGACUUCAAGAACUCUCGCGGUGACCUGUUCAAAGAGAGCGAGCAGCAGCUCCUCAGACACCUGGAGGAGAAGGCCACGGCCGGCUUCAAGGGCAGCAUGUUCUUCCUGCGUUUUGUUCAGUUCAAAUAUCUGGAGAGCCUGCCUUGUGACGAGGAGUGGUUCAUGGACUUCAGGGUCCUGGGUAAAGGAGGUUUCGGGGAGGUGUUUGCUUGUCAGGCCAAGGCGACGGGCAAAAUGUACGCCAACAAGAAGCUGGAGAAGAAGAGGCUGAAGAAACGCAAGGGCUACGAGGGCGCAAUUGUGGAGAAGCGCAUCCUCGCGAAAGUUCACAGUCGCUUUAUUGUGACGCUGGCUUAUGCCUUCCAGACGAAGACUGACCUCUGCCUGGUCAUGACCAUCAUGAACGGUGGAGACCUCAGGUUUCAUAUGUAUAACGUGGAUGAAAAGAAUCCUGGUUUUGACGAGAAGAGAACGUGUUUCUAUACAGCUCAGAUCAUCUGUGGGCUGGAGCACCUUCACCAGCACAGGAUCGUCUACAGAGACCUGAAACCAGAGAACGUGCUGCUGGAUGAUGCAGGACACGUCCGUCUGUCUGAUUUGGGUCUGGCUGUUGAACUUCCACCAGGACAAGACACAACUACUGGAUAUGCAGGAACUCCAGGUUUCAUGGCUCCUGAGCUGCUGGAGAAGAAGCAGUACGACUACUCGGUGGACUACUUCACGCUGGGAGUCACCAUUUUUGAGAUGAUUGCCGCCAAAGGGCCUUUUAGAGUACGAGGAGAAAAGGUUGAGAAUGAUGAGGUAGCUCGGAGAAUCCUGAACGAUCCAGUUUCCUACACACCAAACUUCAGCCAAGCAUGCAAGGAUCUCUGUGAAGGCCUGAUGCAGAAGGACCCAUCUAAACGCCUCGGCUUCAAAAAUAACCAUUGUGAAGAGCUGAAGAAUCAGCCGUUCUUCAAAGACAUUAACUGGGGCCGCCUGGAAGCCGGUAUGCUGCCUCCACCAUUCGUCCCCGAUCCCAAGAUGGUCUACGCCAAAGAUAUUGACGACGUGGGCGCCUUCAGCUCCAUCAAAGGUGUGGUCCUGGACAACAAGGACACGGAGUUCUACAGUGACUUUGCUUCCGGCAACGUCCCGAUACCUUGGCAGGAGGAGAUGAUCGAGACCGGCGUUUUUGGAGAGAUGAAUAUCUGGGGAGAGAAAGGCAAGCUGCCCAAUGACCUCAAUCCAAACCACGUGGAGGCCAAAGGUGGAGGAUGUGUGCUCCUUUGAGCAGAGACAGAAGGAAACAGGGGAGAAGAAUGUCUUUAAUCUGACACAUUAGGAUACAUCUGUACUGUAUUCUGUAAUUGUCGCAGUGAAUUCAUACAUUUGUAAAUAUAACUAUCAUGCACCUACAUUUUAAUAUUUACAGUGUAUACAACAACAUACCACAUAUGUCAAUAUGUUGUUUAGUUUUUACAGACAAACUGAACAAAAGUUGUUAUACAGAAGCGAUAUACAAGGUUUAUACAAUAAAUCGAAAGGAAAGCAUUGACAUGAUAACAAUAUGUUAUGUCUUCUUAGAUAGAAAAUGUUUUAGUUA